GCAGAAUUAGAGGCGGCCUUUGCGAAAUCACACUAUCCGGAUAUCUACUCGGAGGAGCUAGCGCGUACCACUAAGCUGAACGAAGCCAGGAUACAGGUUUGGUUUCAGAAUCGAAGAGCAAAGUACCGAAAGCAGGAAAAGCAGCUACAGAAGGCGCUCGCCCCCUCGGUCAUACCGUCCUGCAAUGGCAUGAUGCGCAACAUCCAGGGCUACAGCGUUUCGAGAGGUUAUCAACCGUAUCCACAUCCAAAUUCAAUCAACCGGUAUCCCCAGGACCUGUUCCAAAUGGGAGCCUCAUCCUAUCCGGGCAUGACGCAGCCAUUCUCGAUGACGCACGGUUCCAAUAUGGGUGCUGUUGGCGUUCGCCAGGACUCGAUGGGAAUGACGGCCGAGGACGAAUGGUACAACAAAAGCUUAUCGGCACUGCGAAUGAACAGCUCCCAUCAUCCGAAUCUGUCCGCACCGAUGCUGCAAUACCAAACAUAAUUAAUGUAGAUCAAAUGAAUACCAAACAGUAGAACACACAUACACACGCACACAACCAAACACAUCCAGCCACAACUUCCGCUCUGCGUUGCGUCGAGCCAUCAAACCCCUCCCACCCACAAGGAAAGGACAACAGCACAGCGGAACCAGGCGGAGUGGUGGAUGCAUCGGAAACCUGCCCCGUUUAACCGAGUGCCAUGCUGCAACGGGCAGCGAAAAUGCAUCGAACUGCAACGGGACAAUGCAGUUGCUCACCAACCCCACCAUUCUGGCCUAAACCCCAUCAUUCCCGGGGCUCGAGUUUUGUGGGUAAAUCCCCAGCGCCAUGUUGCCGAACGCCAUCUACCCUUCCUCAUUCGCGAUCACUUAACUUCGACACACAGCACUCAGGGCCAACAGCCCGGAAAUGGCCAUUAUUUUUCAGGCUCACCCUUUGCUGCGUCCUGUCAACACUGCUCCUCGCAAAAAAAAGAAUUCCAAUUCACUUUUAUGCUUCAUUGUUAUUGAUGAUGGAGAUUUUUCAUCAUCAGGCUACGCGCACAGCCCCACACAAUUUGCCUAUUAUUGACCAAUGAACGUUAAACAGAACGAGAGACAAAGAAAAAAAGGCGAAAGAGAGAGAGAGAGAGAGAGAAAAAGGAAAAACUUCGGAAAACCGUUUAGUGUCCCGGCUGGUCGGAAAAUGCUAAUUGAUUUAAUUUAUUGCGUGCGGCAACGAAACAGCACUCGCUUGUGCGUCUCGGUGUGAGUAUAGUAAGCAUGUGAGAAAAAGGCUGCAAUUGUUGGUGGCGUUCAUCGUGCGUGUAACGUUUUUGCGCAAUAAAACUCACCAUAAUUGGCGCUCAUCACAUGCCGUGAAUGGCCGAUGCCGAAGGAGCUUGGAAUGAGUGGAGGGUCUAGUUAUAGGCACUACAACAAUGAAAAAGACGUCAUGCGUCUGCGGUCGGUUGACAGCGGAAAAGGCACAACUAUCAAAUACUAUCGUCUAAUGCACCUAAUGAAAAAUCAAAACUAACUUCCCCAUUUACACGCGGGGAUGCAACCGGAGCAGGAGGGAACCUGGCAAGACAAGCAGGCAAGGAAUGAUGGCGGUACGUUGCACGUGGUCCCGUGUUCACUUCAGUCAUUCCACUUUUCAUCCGUACCUCAUC